AUGUCUGCCAACAACAACAAUCAGCAGCAGCCUGCCCAGAACACUGGAUUUUCAUCACUGUUUCCCAAUUCUCCAUUUGUCAGGCCCAAUGUUGCUAUUCCCCUAACACCCCCUCCUGGAUUUCAAAUCUCUGCAAUGCAUGCCUAUUUUCUGGCUCAGUUAGAACAAUCUCAAUCUCAAUCUCAACCACUGGGUGGUAAUGCUGAGAAGAAACAACAGAAGCUCCCUGCUGAAGAACAUUCUGAGAGAGUGAGGAAUUUUGCACCAGAAUCUGUUUUUUAUGCCCACCUGCUUGAGAUGGAGGCUCAAGUGGAUGAAGCAACUGCCAGAAAGAAAGCUGCUGUCCAGGAGGCAGUAAUAAUGAAGAAACCGCCAUCGUUUCUUCAGAACACCCUUCGGGUUUAUAUAUUCAACACUUUUGCUAACCAGGGCUGCAAAAAUGAAGCUGCAGAGCCUCCUUCAUGGACUCUCAGGAUAGUGGGCAGGGUUUUGGAGGAGAGCCAAGAAGGCUCCAUGGCCCCAAAGUUCUCCUCUUUCCUCAAAAGAGUCACCGUUUCCUUGGACCGGAACCUGUACCCUGACAACCAUCUUAUAACAUGGGAUAGAGCCCGAUCGGGGGCUCUUCCCGAUGCCUUCGAGGUCAAGAGAAAGGGGAAUCAAGAAUUCACUGUGGGCAUCACAUUAGAACUCAACAACUUGCCUGAAAAAUACAGAGUUUCACCGGCUUUAAAAGCAGUGAUAGGCCUUGAGGUUGAGAGCCGUUCAAGAAUUGUGCAUUUGAUUUGUAAGUACAUUUGUGACAGAAAGCUGCGGGUUCCUGAUGACCCGUCUUGUUUCAUUUGUGACCCGCCGCUUCUCAGAGUGUUUGGGAAAGCUGUGGCUAAGCUCACAGAGGUGCCACAAAAGAUCACGCCCCAUUUGUCACCUCCCCAACCCAUUCAUUUGCAACACAGGAUUGGACUUUCUGGGGAGAACCCUGCUGGAAUUGCGUGUUAUGAUGUGCUGGUUGAUGAGCCCGUCCCCAUACAGAAGGAAUUGGAUGAUUUUCUGGGCAGCAUAGAUAAGAGUAAAGAGCUUGGCGUUAUGGAGGAAUCAAUUUCUGAAGAUAUGGAGAAGCUCCAAGAACACAAGAGGAGAAGGGCACUGCUUCUUGGGUUCAGUCAGUCACCUGUUGAAUUUGUUAAUGGUCAGCUUGAUUCUCAUGGCAAGGGUGUAAAGUUUGAUGGUGGGGAAAGUAGUAGUCGCAAUGAGCACCAGUCAGAUGUGUACAACCAGCCCUGGGUUGAAGAUGCUGUAAUUCGCUACCUGAAUCGCAAACCAACUUCAGAUGCCCCAAGAAAGAUGUGA